CUUACGGGCUAUUUUUGUGGAUGCACCUCGACAAUCCGAAGGAGCAGUCAACGGUAGUAUGUAGUUUCUUGAUCAUAAUGAUUUAUCAAAGGCCUGAAAACCCACUUCAGCAAAAAUGUCCGACUGGUGUGCGAUAGCGAAAGAUUACAACCCACUGAAAGCUGGUAGCAUCGAUGGGACAGACGUGGAACCUCAUGACCGGGCGGUAUGGAGGGCCAUGUCUGCCCGCUAUAAGCUCAACAAGGGAGUCGUUGGAGACCCGCUGCUUACGUUGUUCGUGGCCCGCUUGAACCCUCAGACAACUGAAGAAAAGCUGCGGAUGGUUUUCUCAAAGUACGGCGACAUCAAGCGGCUCCGACUGGUUCGGGACAUCGUAACGGGCUUCUCUAAAGGAUACGCCUUCAUCGAGUACAAAGAGGAGCGCUCCGUGAGCCGGGCUCGCAGGGACGCUGACAAGCUGCUGGUCGACCAACACGAAGUGUUUGUGGACUUCGAGCAGGAGAGGACGCUGAGAGGAUGGGUGCCACGGCGGCUCGGUGGUGGGUUGGGCGGUAAAAAGGAGUCCGGACAGCUGCGUUUCGGCGGAAGAGACAGACCCUUCCGGAAACCGAUCAACCUUGGACCCGGAGUCACUCAGGAGCGAGGAGGGGAGCCGAGGGCCAGGGAGGACAGGCCCCGGUAUAGAGAGAGCGACAGGAGAGAUUACCGGGACAGGAACAGAGAGGAGCGCAGAUACAGAGACAGGAGAUGAUGAUGAUGGUGUUCUUGCUGUUUUUAAGGUGGUCAGAUCAAAAUAUUGCGGAUUGUUGAUCUACUUGAUGUGACUUUUCA